AUGUGCGCCGCACUCGCCGCUGCUGCUGCCACCUCGUACUCCUUCCGUCUCGACGCGCCCGCUUUCACUCCGCACGGCCUGCGAGUGUCCGACGUACGAGCGUCCAACGUGCCUCUCAACGCGCCGCUCACGGUGGAGCAGCUCGAGGCGCGGCUCGCGACGCUCGCGGGCCCAGCCAACCGCGACAGGAGGCGACGCGUGCAGCAGCGCUUGAAGAAGCUCCGCGACAAGGCAGCAAGCGGCAGCGAGGCGCAGUCUGCAGUGGCUGCGACUGUGCCGGCGGCGACUAGCACAGGGCCGGACCGGGCUAGUGACAACGUCUGGUGGCGCGCCGUGAGCAUGGCCGAGCUGCGCGCCCACCCGGCGUUUGUCGCGCUGCCGCCCGCGCACCGCGUGCUUCCCGCCACGGCGUCCGACCUGCGCCUGUACCGGCAGGACUCGGACCAGUGGUGGGCGUGCCACGCCGGCCGCAUCAGCACGAGCGC